UCUACUUCCAGAUGAGACAAAUCACCUAAGUGGAGUUUCUUUAGUUUGCUACAACAAUUUUCAAGAGGUAACAUCCUGCAGAACUCAACAAUUUUACCCAGGACAUCUCUUAAAUAUACCUACCAAAGAUGAAAAUGCAUCCCUUUGAAGCCAAGCAUCCAGGGGCCUGUGUUUAAGGGGUGUACUUGCAAAAAACACAACUUAAUGAAGAUCUUAACUCCACUGGAGCAGCUUUGUGUUAUCUUCCAGGAUGGAUAAAAAAACAAGAGUUCUCUACAUUUUGUCCAAGUUUGAGUAGCUUAAAGUAGGACUGAAGGAGGUGAGAAGGCUUAUUUGUCUGUCCUUAAGUUGAACAAUAACAUCUCCUAACAUUUUUUGAUUUUUGCUGAGCAUUGACAAACAAUACGGCAGAAUCUCGAGCAGGAGCGCUGCAGCAUGGGCCUCAGCUGCUUCAAGUCCUGGAAACAUGACAGUACAGGGCACAAAGGUAACAGAGACGUGUUGGCCAGCCCAGGCUCGUACUUCUUCCUCUCAAACAGCGCCGGUCAGGGAGACGAGUGGCUGAAGAGCCUCAACAAGGGAGUCUGGAUCCCUUUCACAGGGGUCUUUGGUCAGCGCCUGGAGGAGACGGUGCUCUAUGAGCGACGUUAUGGCGUGCGUUUGGUUCCUUUGGUCGUGGAGCAGUGCGUGACCUUCAUCAGGGACCGUGGCCUGCAUGAGGUUGGUUUGUUUCGUCAGCCGGGGCAGGCCAGUUUGGUCAAAGAGCUGCAGGAGGCUUUUGAUGCAGGAGAGAGACCGUCCUUCGACAGUAACACAGAUGUCCACACGGUGGCAUCACUGCUGAAGCUCUACCUCAGACAGCUGCCUGAGCCGCUGGUUCCUUACAGACGAUACCAGGACUUCCUGGUCUGUGGUCAGAAGCUGCUGAAUGAUCGCCCACGGGGUUUAGGAGAGUUGAGGAGUCUUCUUCAUGAGUUACCAGUCGCAAACUUCAAUUUACUCAACUUUAUCUGCCAGUUUCUAAACGACGUCCAGAGUUACUCCAGCAGCAAUAAGAUGAGCAGCCAGAACCUGGCCACUGUGUUCGGGCCAAAUAUCCUCAGAGCCAAAGCAGAAGACCCUCAAAGCAUCAUGGGAGGUGCAGCCCUGGUCCAGGUCCUGAUGUUGGAGCUCAUCAGAGAGCACGAGUCUCUCUUUGCUAGAGUCCCUCCAGCCGUCUCCGCUCGUAGACCUGCAGGUUCCAGCGCCUCACCAGGUGCUCUUAGACAACCCCAUCUCCACCCACCAUCCUGCCACCGCCAGCUGUCUCUGCCGCUGAUCACUGAGCGCUCCAGAGAGGCGGGGCAGACGGCUACAGAUGGACUAAACCCGAGCUGUGCCUAUCUGUCUGCUGCCAAGUCAGACUUACCUUUUAGUCAGAAGAGACUCCUGGGCCAUCGCUACACUUCCUCCCACCCAGAGAACUGCUUCUACCCCCUACCCUCCUCUAGUCAGUCCCAUCAGCCCCACUCAGACUUAAAUUAUCACCAUGACAAUGCCGUCCAAGGACCGUCACUCACAAAUACUCAGAUAUUCUCGGCCAUCAUCCAGGUCCAAGACCCCCAGCCCAAAUCUGUCGUCAUUGGGCUGGCAAAGGCCUGGUGGGUUCCAGGAGAAUCCGAUGUUUUCUGGAGCUCUGGAGCUGCAGAGGAGACUGCAGUUCCAGAAACAGCCAGCGGUGGCAGCAGUGAGGCUCAGGACGACAGCACCCUCUCUGCCUACGAUAACCUGGAUGGAUCGUGUGAGCGUGAGGCCAUGGCGGAGGUCACAGGAGGGAAUUUUGAAACCGACAAUCCGGACACUUGUGGAGAGGUGGCUGAGCUAGAGGAGGCAUGGCAGACUAAAGACUCCUCCUCUUCAUGGUCGUCCUGUGAGGUCCUACCAUUGGACGAGAGCAGGGAUGAAGCAGACACAGUCAGUCCUGAUGUGUCACCAAAGAGACCUCAGAUUAUCCCCUCAGGUCAGAUCUUAGAGGAGGAAAACAACCAGAGAGAUGACGACGGGGACAAAAGCAGAGACUCUGAUGAAGAUGACGAUGAGGACGAUGUCAGCCACCCUAACUCUCCAGCCUCUUGUCCGUUACUCAGCCCUGUGAGUACAGGAAGUUCAGAGGUUUUCCUUCCCUCCAGUCCUCCAGAUAUCCAGGAGCCUGAGGCUCAGUCAGAGCCCAGAGACGCUCACUGUCUGCUGGCUGAGCUGCAGCGACAGAUGGCCCGGCAGAAGGCCGAGUACCAGGCCAGGAUCCAGAGGUUGGAGCGCUGUAAUGACGUCCUGGAGCGGCAGGUGGCAGUCCUGCGGGUCAGCCUGGAGCAGCAGAAACGCAGCCAAAGCGUCGCUGAGAUCAAGAUCCGCAACAUGGAGCGAGCUAAAGCUGACGCGGACCUCCGAAACACCACGCUGCAGAGAGAGAUGGAGCUGUUCUUCCAAAUGUAUGGAGAGUUCAGGAGAGGAGGAGACGAUGGAGGGAGAGGAGGAGGGAGUCUCUGAAGACAGACAGAAAAGAUAGAUGGAACUUAGAGAAGUCACGAGACAAUCGGGGAGGAAUGGAAGUUUGUUGCACAGAGAGAGUGAUGGUAAAAGGUUGAGACAGAGGAGGUCAAAAGAGACUUUCUGGAUGGCAAAAAAUGCAAGAUUAUCAAAAGAAAAAUAUGUAGAUUUAAAUCAGUCUGCAAGAGGAGGGCAAAAAAGGAUGCUUCAAGCUUAUUUAACCAAGUUUUAAACAUCUAAACUUCCCCAGUUGUUGGAAUUUUGAACCGGUCAGCCAGAUAAAGUCCUGGAUAUCGAUCCAGCUUUUUGAAACCAGACUGUGUCUUCCCAAAAAGAUUGAUAAAAGAUGGAAGUUUUAAUUGUUACAAUCAUUUCUGGAUGCUCUCACCCUUACUCCCAUGCAAUGAAUGUCCAAACAUUCCCAUUUGUGGGGCUGUUAUAUCGGAAAACAGGAUCAAGUCAUAGACAACCAUUGUGCUUAAUGGUGGCUAAAAGAUUUACAAAUCUGAGGUCAGUUUAAAAACCUUGAUUUCUGCUGCAUCUCUGCUUCAUCUUCUCUUGAUACUCAGACUGUCCAGGAUUUACCUCCAACACUAAACCCUUCAGAAGACACCUAACAUAUCCCAACAAUCAUGGGUUGAAAUUACUCAUUUUCACAUCUCUGCAGAAACAUCUGUGGAUUAAUAGAAUGGUCAAGAAGAGUCUUAAAAUGUCUCUUAGAAGUAAACAAACAUUUUGCAGGCCAAAGCAUGGAUCACCCUCUCAAAAAAGGAUCUAAAGUUGCAUCCAGGGCUGGAAAAUCACCACCAAAGUUACGUUGCCUGUAUUCAGCCUUUUGGGAUGUUUACAGAAGUUUUUAUCAUCUUCUGUAUUUGGAGCGGACAACUUUAGAGCUUGAA